CUGCAACACGCGUGACCGCGCGUUCACAUAUCACGCCGUCACGGUUUCCCAUUUUACCCGACUUUCUUUUCUCACAGGGUGGACAGUGAAGAUGAGGACAACGUUCAGUAGAUCAUCACCUCUAUACCUGCUCGGCAAACACUACAACUUCAGGCUGGAAGAUGACAUUGAGAAAUUCCAGAGGGACUUCGUGUCUCGGAUUUGGAUGACGUACAGACGAGACUUCCCCGCACUGGAAGGCACGCAGCUCACCACAGAUUGUGGUUGGGGCUGUAUGAUCAGAAGCGCCCAGAUGUUACUGGCUCAGGCUCUCCUGGUGCAUCUUCUAAACAGAGAUUGGUUCUGGCCGGAAGCCUUAAUCACACACUUGGUAGAAAUGGAUCCCAUCCGAUCUUCCUCUCCGUCCAACGCGAGUCUGUUCCCCUCGGCACAAUCGGCUUCCUGUCAGCCGGGCCGGAUUUGCUCCCCCUGGGAAUCCCCCCCACACCGAUGUCUUUCACAGAUCUCUCACCAGGAGCAGAUCCACAGGGACAUCCUGCAAUGGCUGUCGGACCGCCCCGAUGCCCCCUUUGGUCUGCACCACAUGGUGAAAUUAGGGGAGAGUUUCGGCAAGAAGGCCGGUGAUUGGUAUGGCCCCAGCAUUGUGGCUCACAUUUUGAGGAAAGCACUGGAGAACGCAUGCCAGGUCCCUGAGCUGUCUGUCUACGUGUCCCAGGACUGUACAGUCUACAAGGCGGAUGUGGAGCAGCUGAUGGAUCCUCAGGAUUCCCUCUCGGAGAAGAACCGUGGGGCCAGGGCGGUCAUCAUCCUCGUCCCCGUUCGACUUGGCGGAGAGCAUUUUAACCCAGUAUACAAGCAAUGUAUUAAGGAGUUCCUGCAGAUGCCGUCCUGCCUGGGCAUUAUCGGUGGAAAGCCGAAACAUUCGCUGUAUUUCAUUGGCUACCAAGAUAAUCAUUUAUUAUAUCUGGAUCCCCAUUACUGCCAGAGCCACCUCGACACCAGCAAACGGGACUUCCCAUUGGAG